GUUCAUUCUUCCUUCCCCUUUGGCUGUUGCUCUGCAUCUUUGGCUGGCUGCCCGGCUGCAGUGCUCCCCGACCUCCAGUGCGCUCCCUCCUGCCACACAAUCAUUCUUCCCCUGGUUUCCUGUGAUGGGCUGCGUGCUCUCCUCACCCCCUUCCCUUCGUUACUUCGCCGAGCCCCUGGGUUCCCGCUCGUGGGUUGGACGGGGAACAAGCCCGCCUCGUUCCAUCAGCUUUUGGUCCAGCAGCACCUUGACGGUCCCCCAUGCCAAUGCCCGGGUGCGACAACAACGCAACUCUUCCACCUCCCGCUGUGAUUUGGCAGACGUGGAUCCAUCAACAUCCACAGCAUCCUACGCCAUCCAUUGCCAACGACGACUGAGCAGGGCACACGACGCACAUCUAACCUUCUACAAACCUUCCUCCUCACCUAACCUACCUGCUUGCCACAGUAGGGUCCUGCGGAGAAGCGAGCCGGCUAGGGUUGGGAAGCACAAGACAGGCCACCACACCACCAGGCCAUCGCAUUACCGGUACACCGCAACCACUCGCAACUCGAGCUCACUGGUAGACGAAAGUCAGCUUCCGUUUUCACCCACGCGCCUUGCAUUCCCGGAUCCUCCGCUACCAGUCUUGUUCUGGCUCUUCAAUACGACCCCCUAUACCGCCGCCAACAGUUGUCCCCCGAAGAGCGACUUGUCCACAUUGACUACCUCCACGCUCGUCACGAUAUCUCAUCUUUACGAUUGAUCCACGUUCAGAGAGCGACUUACUUGCUAGUGUAGCUUUGCGGACUUUAUGAAAUACACACAGUUGGAAACUCUAUCGCUAUCUCUGUUAUAGACUCCAACGGCUCCUCCGGACUCCAUCAACCGUGACGACGACGACCCCGCUCCCACGAACCAGG